CUCCCUGGUUGACAAACGCAUUUGUGUUGAAGAAGAACCAUGCUUCGAGUUGUGUUAUCCCGAACUUUUCCUCGGAUCUCUGGCAUUUCCAUUUGUCAGUAUUCGGCGGCCGCCAUCCCGGUUCCAAGCGCACAGCCCGAAGUCCAUUAUAACAAGCUGUUCAUCAAUAACCAGUGGCAGGAUGCCGUCAGCAAGAGGUCCUUCCCCACCAUCAACCCAGCCACAGGAGAGGUCAUCUGUCAGGUGGCUGAGGCAGACAAGGCAGAUGUGGACAAGGCUGUGAAGGCUGCCAGGGAGGCCUUUCGGUUUGGGUCACCAUGGAGACGCAUGGACGCAUCGGACCGCGGGCUGCUCCUGAGCCGGCUGGCAGACGCAAUCGAGAGGGACACAGCCUACCUAGCGGUCAGUGACGCCGUCCCAUUACUGCUGGUCAAUGGAAAUGAUUCACCUGAAGUGGUGUUAUGAGCGGCUAAUUAGAUGCACAACAUUCCUGUUCUGGCACUCAUGCCAAAGAAAGCAGUUGUUUGGGUGGUAUUAGAGUUUACAUGUGUGGCACAGUGCUUUGUCUGAUGACAAAUGUUACCUUCCAGUGGUGGAAACGUUUUACCCAGAAAUAUUA